UAAAGUGAAGGGAAGGAAGCUGCGGAUUUCGCGGAUGGAGUGAAGACGUCCAACCAGAUUUACCUGGGAAAUCGGAUCUGCUUUUGAAGUGGGUCAGACAUGGCCGAGGCACCGAGCGACGGCCAAGAGAAACGACCGGAGAACAACGCCAUGACCGAAUACUGCGGAAAGCUGCAGCAGUGGAUGUGGCAGUAUUACUGGGGCUAUGCUAACUGGCAGAGCUGGAUGGCGCUGUCAGCCCCGCCUUUCCCCCCGCGGUGCGGCUUCCCCCAGGCGUGGACAAACGCCCCGCCGCCGUGUACACCUGCUUCGUCGUCCGGUGCUGGGCUACACGCCUUUGACGCACGGGGCUGGUACGCCUACCCGUACCCCUUCAGCUUCCCUGCAACCCCGAAUACGGGCGCCGCUCCGGCCGAGCAGACUCCGUCCGCGGCCUCGGCUUUGCACAAUGACGGGAGACACACGCCACAGCACAACGGCAACCCACCGCAAGCAGGACGGGAAUACACAAUCCCCUCGCCCCUCCACAGAUUCCUAGCUGAGACGGUGGACUUCUUUAUCCUGUUUUGUGUGAAAGCCACCAUCGUGUUGUGGAUCAUGCAUCUGAGCGGGAUGAAGGACAUUGCUAAAUUCAUCACUCACUUCAUAGUGGAGGAGAUAGAUGAGAACACGUCCAUGGAGGACCUGCAGAAGAUGAUGGUUGUGGCUCUGGUCUACAGAGUGCUAGUCUGCUUCUAUGAGAUUAUCUGCAUCUGGGGUGCAGGCGGGGCCACACCAGGGAAGUUUCUGCUCGGGCUGCGAGUGGUGACAUGUGACACGUCCACCCUGGUCCGACCCAACCGCGUCCUGGUGGUCCCCGCGUCAAAUGUCUCCCUUUCAGCUUCUACAGUGCGGGCGCUGAAUAAGAACUUCUCCAUCGCCUUCCUCUUCCCGGUCUUCAUCACCCUCCUCUUCUUCCAGCACAACAGGACUGUCUAUGACAUUGUGGCAGGAACCAUUGUUGUCCAGCGUAGGGGGGCCAGAUAACACAUCCUACUGCAGCUGGUUCAGAGGAGGGCACAGAAACCACUACACUUGGUGGGGUGUGUUAAUAAAGUGUGACAUGCUCAUUCGCACUAAAUGUCUUGAGAUUAACGAAAACCAAUCAUUUCUAAAUGAGCACUGGGGAGAACGUUGCAUCAGCGCAAUUCUAAACUGGACCUUAGAGACUUUUUUGUGGACUCAAAUUACACAUGGAAGAUUGGAUUGAUACUGGUUUAGGCCCUGUACAGUGCUUGUAAAGACAGAAUUCCUCGCAGCUUUUGGAUCUUUUGCAUUUAUUACUGAUCUGACUGUUAUAGCGACUCCUAUCAAGUUGUAAAAAGUAUUGUUAUUUUUGAAAUGGUCAAAAGUACCAUAUUUCCUGGACUACAAGUUGCACCGGAAUGCUAGUCGCACCCAGCAAAAAAACGUGUUGUUGUGAGGAAAAAAAAACAUAUGUAAGUCGCUUUGGUGUAUGGUACCAUAGAAAUUGAAUGACAGUAGAACGGACAUUCCAACUCAAAUCAAGAUGGCAGGAUGGUCAGCGGCACGGCGGCCAUUUGAACUGCUGCCAUUGCAAAGAACGGUGACUAUUGUAGCUGGUAAACUUCUGUAUAAACUUCCAUAAAGAUGGUGGGAGGAAACCGCAGCACCCGCAGGAAACCUAUACAGACAUGGGGAGAACAUGCCAACUCCACACAGAAAGGACCUUGGACGGCCUGGGGUUCGAACCCAGGACCUUCUUGCUGUGAGGCAACAGUGCUAACCACUGGGCCACCGUGGCACCCCAAUUAAGAACAAUCACCAUUUUCUUUCUAACUACUCAAACAUUUCAACGUUCUUUCUGCUCUCAUUCAAUUUCUAUGGGUGGUACAGUAUUUUCAACUGAGUCACAAGAUGAAGCAGUGCCAUCUAGUGGCCUUAGUUGAAAUGCAGUGUAUUCGUCCGACAAAAUUACAUUGUAUAAGUCGCUUUGGAAUGUAAGUCGCAGAACCAGCCUGACGAGUAAAAGGAAACAGCGAUUUAUAGUCCAGGAAAUACGGUAUAUAUAGCUCUAAAGGGUGCUGGACAAUAUCACAGGGAUAUCCCAGUACUAUUUCACUCAAUAUGGGAAUCUUAAUUCUAAUCUAAUAUGUGAUAUUGUCUUAAUAUUAUGAGUCUCAAUGUAAAGUUAAAUACAACGAGUAAUAUAUUUUGAGUUAUCUUUUGUUUUCUUUGAUGUUUUGCUUGUAUGCUAAUGAUGGUGAAUCAAAAGCUAAAGGUUUUUAGUUUUUGGAAGUUUUGAUCAUGCUUCAACACUCCAACUGAAAAAACACCCUGCAGGUCUAACUUGCCCCUGGCUAACAUUUUGAAAAUGUUUCGUUGUGACCUGCUUUGGAGAGCUGGUCACUGACAGGUUACAUAGGAAUUUUUUUUUCUUCCCCCAAGUCAUACACAAUAUGGACACAUGGCGUUUGUUCAUUGUUGGUCUGUGUCCUCCCCGUUCCUCUUUUCUGCAAUCAAAAUUGUAAACCUUGUCUCAGGGCACCACUUCUGAAAGCCAUUCUUCCUUCUCCAAAUGCAUGACUGGUUGUCACUUCUCGAGUCAGGUUUUCACUUAUGCACAUUGUUAAACUUCUGUUAUCUAGUAUUAAACGUAGGGCCUUUGCAUUUUUAGGAAUUCAAUGCUGGUAAAGUAAUCCGAGUUGUACUUGGGUCUGCAGUAUUAAAACAAAGUUAAUCGAUGGCUUGCAUUUUG